CUGCAAUAGUCAUUCACAUCAACGCAUAGAGUACAGUCUAUAAAGAUUAAAAUACCAACAUUACACGACGUAAAAUGAACUCUAACGCAAUUAUUCCCAUUUGCAGUUUGCUCCCAACGCUAUGCAAUAUGACAUCCAUUAAAGCUCGUGUUACGUGGAAAUCAGAGAUAACGCAAUGGAAUAACGCUGGAAAAGAUGGAAUAAUUUUUAUUAUGAAUUUGUUGGAUGAGUCUGGUGAAAUAACAGGAGUUGUGUUUAAUAACUUGAUCAAUGCAUUUUACGGCCAGAUCCAAACAGGCCUGGUAUACAUUUUCUCCAGGUUUCAGGUGCAACAGGCGGAAAAUUGCUUUAAAGUUUCAAAGAAUCCUUUUGCAGUAUUUCUUCUUUGGAAUACUGUCGUAGAACUCAGUGCUAGUGAGCGGAUUCCCCGAGAAACGUAUAAUUUUCUGCCGUUAUCAGAGGUUUCUACAAAACCGGACAAAGAGCCCGUCGACGCAAUUGGAAUCUGCACGGAGGUUCGCGAUCUGGAUCACAGAGGAGGUCACUCUAUUCGGGAAAUAUUACUUGUGGAUCCUGAUUACCAGCCUGUCAUGUUAAAUCUGUGGGAAAAGGAAGCUGAGAACUUUGAAGGUCGACCAGAUGACGUUAUCGUGGUCAAAGGGGCGCGUGCUCAGCCUCACAAUAAUGCAAUUAAACUGAACGCCAGCUGGUACACGAAUGUGCAGAUCAAUCCAGAUAUUCCAGAUGCUACUUCAAUGUUGGAAUGGUACAGGAACCAAUAACGAACUCUGCAAUAGUAUUUGGACCUACGAUAAACUAAUACUUGUGCAAUAUUAGUAAUAUUAAAAUUUGUAUAUUCUUAAA